CUUCUGUGUCAAAGGUUACAUAUUCAAGAUGUCGGCCUAUGUCAACGAAGUGGAGAGGGUUCACCAUGUUCUUGGAUUGUGAUGGGUAACCUCAUCAGGUGUGGGUGACAGGUGCCCCUAUCCAGGGGGUCCUCUACAUGUCUGUAUAUUUCAAUUCUCUGUGAUAUAAAACUGUCCUCCUCAAUGAUGUCGUGCCAUGACCUCAUAUAGAAGUCCGCGAGCUGAAAUACUAGCAGGAAGUCGAGUUCGAAGUGGAAGCAUUCUCUCUGAUGAAGGAUCACAGAAGGACAGCCCAUCCUCUUCCAGAACAUCCUCAGUAAACUCUUCCUCCUCCUCCUCUAACAUGGAGGGAUACUCCACUGCAGAUUCUGCACUUAGAGGGAGAUUGAAUGUGUACGGGUCCAAAGUGAGUAAGAUGAAGGAAAGAUUCCAACAAGAGUCCAGGAAACCAGAAGAACCGAGAUCCCUCUCCGCAGGCCGAGUCUCUGAGUCAGACCACUCGCCUGAGAUCAAGCGCAAGAAGACAAGUGAGAUGCAGUCCAGUGGGAGCCUGCAGGGAGAAAACAGCCAGCCAAGUCUACAUGAUGCUGCCAACCAUGUCCAGAGGUUUAUGUACACAAGGGCACUGUUCGCUAGAAUGGAGGAGAAGAAUCGUCCGCCUGUGGAACCGGUACAACUUACUAAGCCAAGGAAACUGUCCCCAUCUCCUGCCGGCCCCCUAUCUCCAGCCCUGUCCCCAGAUCACAGUAUAAGUAGUUCCUCCAAGGAUAACAACUGGCCCGCCCCGGAUAAAAGUAGCAAGGAGGAACCUGGCCAUGAAGUGGCAGCCACUGGUGUCAAGUCCAGGAUUGAGCCCAAGAGUUCCUAUUCAGCAUUCAGUAAUAUGGCAGGUGGACUGCUGUGGAAACGUAGGCAGUAUGAAAGUAGAGCCAAUCCAGACUAUGGAAAGAAAGACGACUCUGGGAGACAGAAUGGAGAAACAUUAAAUGUGUUAAGUCGAGGAUAUGAUAGAAAUAUGGAUUCAAGAAAAAUUAUGUCUGAAGAAAACUUGUUGUCAAGUAGUUCAAAACAGGAGUUAAAUGAAACAAGCACUCGUCGAUCAAGAUCAGAUUCCCUGGAAACGGCCAACACAUCCGAGCAUUCUUCCUACGAAGGAGAUAAAAGACCCGUAACCCUUCCCCGCAAUUAUAAACCUUCUGAAAGUGUUGUUAUGAGACAGAAAAAGUUUGACAAUGAUACCAGAAUGGACAGUGCCAAAAGACUAAGCAAAGAGGAGAUUCAGGCUGCAAUAAACAAAGCAGAUUCCUACUUAACCCACAAAAAAGAUUCAAACAAUGACUUUCAGUCCAAGAGGCGGUCCUGGGAGCUGCGAGAACAAAUGUCAGAUAUUUCUGAAGGAAGCCUGUAUGGCUGGACCAAAAGCAAGAAUCAGCGGUUGUCUAGGUCCACUGACUGUCUAGACAACAGGACCAAUGAACCUUCAGCUAGACACUCUGACUCAGAGAGAGGUCGUAGUUCAAAGUCUGCAGAUCCUGUAACACGGGACAGGUCCUUGGAUCUAGGGGACAGAGUUCCCGGUCUGACCUCUCCCUCCAGACAAAUUCCAGGUGUGAAGCCCCCCAUACCUAGCAAGCCAAGUGUGUUACUUACCGACGGUUCAGGUAGUGAUUCAUCUACUGGUGCUUCUACAGGUAGAAGACAGUCCCCUGUGCCCAAACGAACAGCCCCUCCCCCACCAAACAAAGCCCCACCAUCCCUUCCCAGAACAACCCCAGCCUCAUUGUCAUCCUCUAGUGAUAAUGUGAGGGACUUGAAAAAUCAAAAGAGUGAACCUGACAAGCCUUCCCCUGUCAGUGAAAGUUUUGAGAUGAUAUCUGCAAAUGAAACAAAUUUAGAUCCCCAAAGUGUAAAUGACAUUAGUGUACCCCAUGUCAGUGACACGGACGGUGAGAGACCUUACCAAAAUGUUGCCAGUUCAAAGUCAGGUCUUCUUGAAUCUACAUCUCAGCAUAAAUCAGAGAGAGAACAAAGGACUUUGUUGCCAAAAGACUCUGACCGAGAGAUAGUGCCAAAAGAGGCGAUGGUCGCUGAAUCUGCCCAGUCACCAUCUUCUGUGAUAUCAAGCAAAGGUGUAGACAGUGAGUCCGAUCUCUAUGAACCUGUGAUUCCAAAGUGCCACUUGCCACCCCCUCCCCCCUAUCCCAAUCCCCCACCCCCACCAUAUCAGAGCCAUGUGUCGCCACCUAAUUCCUCCCCUCUCCCUUCAAUGGUGGACCAGAUCCCUGCAUCGCAUCACUAUGAGAAUGUGAAAUCCUCCACCUACGCCAACGAUGAGAAUUCUCAGGAAGUAAGAAAUGGGGAGACAACUCCGCCAGUCCAGAAGAGAACAGCUGAAGGAUUAACGAACAACUCGGAUAAAUACACUAAAACAAGCUCAAGAAGUGGAGCCUAUGUCGACCCCAAGACAGAGAUUCCACCGCGGGAGGCGGGCGACGGACACGAAGAGCCGGACACUGUCCACUCCGACAGCCACGCUGAAUUCCAUGAGUAUGUGAGUGUUGCCCAUGAGUUUAUUGAAAUCGAAGGAUUGGACAGCACUGAUGAAUCCUCCGACGAAGAGCCUGUCUCUCAUAAGAAAGCCACGCGGGUCAAGUUCAGCAGGGCACCCAUCAAGCUUUUCCACACCUUUUCCACGGACGACUAUGACCGUCGCAAUGAGGAUGUGGAUCCAGUGGCAGCAUCCGCGGAAUAUGAACUAGAGAAGCGUGUGGAAAAGAUGGACGUUUUUCCUGUGGAUCUCCUCAAAGGACCCGAGGGACUCGGCCUCAGCAUCAUUGGUAUGGGAGUGGGGGCAGACGCUGGGCUUGAGAAACUAGGGAUCUUCAUCAAGACCCUGACCGAGGGAGGAGCCGCUCAGAGAGACAAAAGAAUCCAGGUAAACGACCAGAUUAUCGAGGUGGACGGGAAGAGUUUGGUGGGGGUGACCCAGGCCUACGCAGCCUCCGUACUCAGGAACACCAGCGGAAAAGUGCAAUUUAUGAUUGGACGAGAAAAAGAUCCAAGCAGAAGUGAAGUGGCUCGCCUCAUCCAGCAAUCGUUAGAGCAGGAUCGCAAGAGGGAGGAAAUGAAGAAGAUGGAACAGCAGAGACUUCAUCGACAGCUGGAGGAACAGUUCCAUCCCCGGGACGAGAUCAUGGAACACGACCACAUGCGUCGAAUGUCCGAGACCGAAACAGGGCGCGAGCUGGAUGAGACGGAUGAGGAGGAUGAAGAAGAAGAUGAGGACCAGGGUGUGGAUGAUGAUAAGGACAUAGAUGAAUCGGAGAAUGCGGACGAUGACAAUCAGAACAGCCAAUCAGAGCAGGAGAAUCUGGCAAUGGACACCCUGGAGACAGCAGCAGGGGACAGCACUCCUGUGUUACUGCCCCCCGACCUGGAGGGUGAGAGUCCAACAGAGUCCCCGGACGAGAAGCCGCCCAUGGAGGUGUUCGACCUCCAGGAGAGUAGCAGUGAGUCCAUCUCCCCGGACAUGGAGUCACACGCUCUGUUCAUCAAACUCAAAGAGGCUCAGUAUAAGAACGCUGUUCAUGAAGCGGAGUUGGCCAAAGUGAAAGCGCGGGUGAUCUUGUUGGAGUCUGCCGAGAAUCAGAAGAAGGAGACGGACAAGAAAUGCGAGCAGAUGGCCCACCGCCUGAGGGAGAUGGAGAAGAAGUUGGAGAGUAAUCGCAAGGAGAUCAAUCAUUAUCAGGAUUUGUUAGAAGGAUCCCAAGGCCAGUACAUAGCAUUAGAACGCAAAAUGAAGGUUGAAUUUUCAGGUCUGGAGAAAAAGUAUCACAAGGCCAAGAAAUUGAUAAAAGACUAUCAACAGAGAGAAAAAGACUUCAUCCAGGAGAGAGAGUCGCUGUUACAGCAGCAGGCGGAGAAGGACCAGCAGUAUGAUGACCUGGUUCGCUCCCUCAAGGACCGGAUCUUUGAGUUGGAGAAGGAGCUGGGGGAGGUACAGAGGGUGGCCGGUCUACCUGUCAACGUCCCCAGCAGUCAUCACCCCCUCCCUUCCCCACCCCUACAGCCAAAACUCGUCCAAAAAGUUGAAGCCUCCCCAUUAAACGAAUCCAUCUCUUCCUGUUCGGAUACAUCACCCACCAUUAAGACAGAGAACGGCUUGGAGGAUGAUGACUCCUCUGUUGACAGCUUCAGAGGCGCGGUCCCCCAAACCUCACUGCUGGACACCUCGGCCAAUCGCGACAAAGGUCAACUGGUCAGCUCGGCCAACAGAAACCGGCGACCUCCCACAAAACGUAACAUCAAGCCUGGUGCUGAGGGAGAGCCCGUGGAAGAGGAGGCGAACGAGAGCGGUCUGGAGACGUGGAUCAAGCAUGACAGCGACAGCACAGUCAAGAAAAGUGACGCGAAAAAGAGAAAAGCUCAGCAGAAGAAUUUAUUACAGCCCCCCAAUAUCCCGCCCCCUCCUCCCCCUCCCCAGGGGCCAGACAGUGACUCGGUCAGUGACCAGUCCCACUCCAGGCAGGACAGCGAGAAUGACGACUCGUCCUCCACAGUAUCUCAGACAUCCUACGAUCCGUCUCAGCCCAUGUUCAAAAACAUGCACUCAGAAAUCCCUGACUCGGUGCCCGAGAUGGUUGAGACGCCGUCCAUAGGCAGCACCGGGAAGAGUAAAGGACUAGGCUUGUCCAAACUGUUAAAAUUUGGUAAGACGGGAGGUAGUGCUGACAACUCAGGUGUGGUUUUGUUGUCCAAUCGUUCACUUAAUAAGGAUCAUGUGACCUCAGGAGAUGAAGGGGGCAUAACUCUGAUAUCUAAACGUCCCCUGGACAUGUCAACAGAUUCAUUGGAUGUGAGGAGCCCGUCUCCCAAAUCUGUACCAGGUGCUAGCACAACCAGCGAGAUUUCUUCCUCCUACAUGGUGCAAGAAUACGAUGAUGAAGACGGGAAAAAGACUUUCUUUUCUCUGAACAUCACGGGAACUCCGGCCAACGAUGAGAAGCCGUCCAGUCGACGACCGGUCAACCAGUUCCAGUCCGGAUCCAUCACAGAGUGGUCCGUGGAGAAUGUCGCCCAUUGGCUGAUGAUCUUGGAGCUGGAGAAGUACAUCCCGCUGUUUGCCGAGAAAAACAUCACAGGACCUCAACUCAUCCAACUGGACGGAACCAAGCUAAAGACUAUGGGCAUUGCAAAUGGUAAAGAUAGAGACUUGUUAAAAAAGAAAAUCAAAGAAAUUAAGACAGGAGUGGAGAAAGAAAAGAAAAUUCAGGAGAAAGAGAGGAAAGCCAAAGAGAAAGAACAGAAGAAACAACUCCUGAAGAAAAAGUGAGGGCAGCCCCUCAAGGAUUGAGUGACUGUGUCCAACAUUGACAGUGACUGGGCGUUCUACACAUUAGGUGUGUGGUAUUCCAGCAGAAGCCGUGUACAGGGGACCGGUUUAUUUUGUCAAAUUUACAAACAUUUACAUUGUAAGGUUGGUACUCCAAGAGGAUAGAGUGUUCAUGGGGGCAAUAGGUUAGUUUACAGUCGUCUAUCCUGUGUACUAUGUUAACAGUUGAUUUUUUUACAAACUACAAGCCUGUCGGGGUUUGUGUGUGACAAAACGUCGUUUAUGCCGUCACAAAAUGUCUGCUCAGCCAGAGAGCCAGAGAUACAUACGAGGGUUGUUGUUGAUGUUUUAUUGUUGUGAUUCUAAGAAUGAAAUUUUAUGUAGAGUUUACUUUGUAUUAUAUUACUGGUUGAAAUAUUAUCAUUUUAUUUCCAUAUAAACAUGUAUCGUAUAUACAGUAGGAUGGUAGCGCUGUAUCAUUUUUUUCUGUCAUGUAUUUUAUGAUAACUGCCAUCCCGAUUGUCUCCCUUGUUUUUAAAGUGUCACAUGACUACAGGAAGCUAUGAGGUUUCCUGCCUGGUUGUAGCAGGGUAUAUGUCUAUACAUGCAUGUUGUGUAAGAACAUUUGUCUCAAGAGCUGAAAGGGCCCUAUCCUGUGUGAUUCAAUUAUCUUUACUGGUACCAUAUCACCUAGGCCUAACCCCUGUAGUUCUAGAAGAUAUAUACCCCAUGGUUGUUACCACAUAUACACGUUUACCCCACCAUAUCCCCCUGUAUGCCAGAGGUUGUUUUGUGUAUCAGAUGUGUCCACUAUAUACAAUCUAUUUGUAUCAGAUAUCUAUAUUAUAUUAUCAUAUUGUCACAGACAAUACCAAAUAAACAUUCCAGAAACACACUAGCUCCAGCCAUCCUCUCAGCUAUUGUCAAUGCAAUGCUACACAAGGGUUUUAUCUGUUUGCAAAAUUCAUUCUACACACCCGAAUUACAAGUCUUCAGCAUUAUUACAAUGUUUACAUUAAAGAGAAAAGGGGAGACACUGACUCAUUGUAAGUUACUAUUGGGAAUAGGCUGCAAAGAUAGAAAUUUUCACAAAAUACUACAUUCAUAAAAAUAAACUGAAUUUUUGUCAAAUUUGUUUUCCAUAUCUUUAGUUUGUGAUCCUUAUUUUUAUUUCAAUUACUGUUUGUUUACAUGUGUUUAAUCCUUUAUGUUGUGAAUCAUUUGUCAUUUUCGUUUAUUUUAUUUUUGUGAAGGAAACUUAAGAGUUGUCUUUCCAUUACUCAGUUAUUUUGAGUUCUGACAAAUGGUUUGCUCCGUCAUAUUAGGGUUACAUUUUGCCAUAUUUUCAUUGAGAAGGACAUUUUUGGGACCAUGUUUUGAGGAAGUUGAAGUAAGAAAGACAUUAUAAAAGUUUAAAUGCUGUAUCAAAGAUUUGAAGUAUACUGAAGUGCUCCCACAUUUCUGUUAACAAGUGAUGGACAUUCAUUCAACUGGAUAUUAACACUGAGCAAGUAUUGUAACAUUGAGGACCAUGUGAAGUUAAAUGGCUUUUUUUAUUCUGCAUUACGAGUUAAUGAGAAAAGUGUUCAGAAUAUUACUGUGUAGUGAGGGUGACUUUGUUGUAAGAGUCGCCAAACUUUUCCAAUCCGUGUCUUCAUCCAGACAAAUGUCUCGGUUCAUUGAAGCAGGUCGCUCCGAUCGGUGCUUCUCCUAGACUUAUUGGUGCAUACAAUUGUCGCUGGAAAUUUAUUUUGGUAGAUUAUGAUAUUUAUAUACACCGUGUUUAUACACCAUACUUAUUAUACAUUGUAUUCAUUUUCUUUUCUACUGAUGGUUGUGUAUUAUCAUGUAUUUCACAUUUUUUUAAGCAGUUAAGAUGAUAUCAGUUUUGCUUUCCCUACAAUUUAUAAUGCUAAUGAGAGAGUAUAGUCUGUCUAAGAUCGAAGUAAGGAGUUUGUGAGCUACACUCAGUAAGAGAUUCGUGUUUUGGUGUAUAUUCUUAUUCAAUUAUCUACUCAGUAGUGCUUUAUCUUUGAAGUGAUCUUUCAGUUUAUUUUUGUGUAUAAAAUUUAUUCUCGUUUAGAGAUGAUACUAACUUAAAAGCUUGGACACACAAGCUAUAUACUGUGUAUGUAUACUCAAUCUGAAAUUUCUAACAUCAAAUACCUAGGCUCUGAUUAUCUACUGCUUUAAAUUUAGAUUGUCACAAAAGUAAACCAUGUCUAUACUUCACCAAAUUAAAGAACUUAUUAUGUACAUGUAUAUAUAUUUUCUGUUAUCAAAGCCACCUGAAAUACAUUUAUCCAUAUUUUCUUCUCACUUGAGUUUCUCUGAAUCUGACCGGUGUGUUUAUAAUACAGCACUGUGAGAACAAUGCUUUAUUUGGAAUUAUUUUAUUAAGUGUUUCGGUUGUUAGAUGUUGCCUGGAAGAGUUUAAAACAGAAAGUACCUUAAGAUAACUGAAAAAAAAGUGUUUGAAAGUUUUAAAGAUAUGUGACUUUAAUAUAAAAUUUUUUUUUAAAAACUAGCAAAUAUUUAAAUUAGGUGAUUAUUAUGAAUUGGUGUGAUGUGAGCGACAGUGCUGUAUUGUGAACAUGCUGGUGAGUUUCUGACUCUAUAUAGACCUCUGUGAUUAUCACUUUGUAUCAUCGUAGUGAAGAGCACAUGUAUUAACACUCGUUUCAUUCACUUCUUGUUGUUACAAGUCAUUGGGGGAAUCUGUUGUUACUGUAAAACUAAAGAACAAAAAAAAUAUUCUCAAGCAGGAUUCGUCGUUUGUCCAAACUGUUGUUGAUAUGUACGAGAUGCAAUAUACAAUCCUUUAACUCAUGGAGAGAUUUUUUUUCGAUUUCAUAAACAUUUUGUCAGCUUGGUAAUUCUGUGAACAAAAAAAAUCUGUGCAAUUUCAUUAGUUUCCUUUUUUAAUGAAGAUUUCAUUAUGAAUUUGACAACAAAACUAGUUUAAUAAAUGUGUGACGUAUGAGAGGUGUCAUUUAAUGUGAUGAAGAAUAAAUAUAUUUAUACAAGUACACACAA